CAGGUCUCACCUCACUCAGACCCGCCAGGGACACUGUGGUCUCACCCCUGGUGACCCCCAGAAUCGCUGUGCUUCCCACUCCUGGUGACCCCCGGGAUCCUGGUGCCCCACAGGUGUCCGUAGGGGCAGCGUGGGAGCAGCCAGGCAGCCGAGCUGGUCUCACUGGGAGCGCUGGGGGCGCGGGACGCCCUCGUUAAGGGCAGAGCAGAGAAGCUGCGAUAAUGAACCCACAAAGCAGAAGUGUCCCGGCUGCUCCAGGAAGGCUGUUCUGCCCCGCGCCCGCCCCGCACCACAGCCAUAAAAGCAGCGUGCGCCAACCCAGGGAGCUCCCGCCAGCACAGCCGUCGCCCCCACAGGCAGGGGGACCCUGGGGGACCGGGCUGCCCCCGGGACGCAGGUCACCCACCCAGAGACAUGUCAGCCACCGGCCAGCCCCGCUCCCAGGAGCCGUCUGCAGAAGAGAUGAGUGUGGGGCCCAGGCUCGCUGCCCCCCGCCUGCUCGGCUGCCUGCUCCUCCUGGCCUUCCUGGGAGGUGCCCUCGCCAGCCCCCCCAGCCCUGCCCUGGAGAGGAUGCCGGCAGCCAGCUGCCCCCCGACCUGGCUCUACUACCGGGGGUUCUGCUACGGGUACUUCACCGAGAGGAGGACCUGGGCUGAGGCUGAGACCGAGUGCAGGCGGUACGGCCCCAAGGGGCGGCUGGCCUCCAUCCACAGCCUGGGGGCCAGCAGGGUCUUUGCCCGCUACAUCAUCAGCCAGAGGGAUAGGGACAACACCUGGAUCGGGCUGCAGGACGAGGAGCACACCAGGCGGUGGAAGUGGUCCGAUAACUCCGUCUUCAACUACAAGCGCUGGGCCCCGGGGCAGCCCAACAACCGGUGGAACAGGGAGGACUGUGUGGUGCUGGAAUGGUCCUCAGGUUUCGAGUUAUGGCAUGACUACCCCUGCUCCAGCAGGUUCCCCUUCCUGUGCCAGCACGAGCUCUGAGGGGCAGCUCUUCCCCUUGGGGUGUGGAGAUGCCCCCACACCUCCUGCCCUGCCGCCCCCGCGCCCCUCCCUGCCCACGGCCCAGCUGGGACCCCGGCGGGCAAUAAAC